AUGACGGGACACUACUAUGCAGCGCGUGACCCAAGGAGCUGGAAAAUGAGUGGGAGGUUGCCGGAGACAAGCUUAGAAGAUGAGACAUAUUUGUCGCCCGCACAGCACGACGGUAAUAUCGACAUGGCCGACGAAGCGUCGGAACACAGUCCGCUCGUUAUAGAAGAAGAGGACGAAGGAGAAGUAAUGAGAGAUAAGGAUCAUGCUGGAGGAGAGGCGAAGCCCCUCAACUCCUCCACCGAAGCCGCCUCACUUACCGUCGAUCCCAACAAUCUACAUCACCUUAAACGGAGCAUACUCCAGCUGACCGCUCACCUUGCCGCUCGAGCAGCGGACAAUGCCAUACUGCAGCGCAAAAAAGCCGUUCUUGCCAAGCAGCAUCGUGAUGCGCAUUCACGGCUCACGACUACGACGCAAGCCCUUACUAGCCUCACGAACUCAUACGACAAGAGAUUGACGGAGAAGAACGAUGUGAUUGCAGAGAACGCAGAGCUGCAGGAACAAAAUGCGCGUUUGAGGGAUGAAAACGCGCGGCUUCUUGGGACAAUCAAUGAGAAUACCGCAAAGAUGCAGGACUUGGAGAAUCGACUGGAGGGGUUGAUUGUUGAGAAAAACAGUCUGAAAGGGAAGGCAGCCGAGAAAGAAGAGUUGAUGUACAAGAUUCAAGAGCUAGAAACAGCCGCUGCGCAGACCAGUUCCACGAGACAUGAGCGCCCUCGCUCGCGAGAACGUGGAAAAGGCGAGAGGACCGCCAUGCCUUACCAAGGGAUCGUGCUCGGGAGAGAGAUCCCUACAGACGACAAAGCGACGAUUAUAGACACAGAGAGCAUGAUCGAGUUCGAGAGUACGAUCAAGAAGACCACUGGACAAAUGCAAGACGCCGAAGCCGAGCCCAAGAGGACACGGAUUGCAUACAGGAGUUACACGGACAAGGAGACGGCGUUCGGGAUCGCACUGAUCCGUUCAAGGGAGGUCCGCGGCCACCGACGGGCCCAAGUGCUGGUGGGAGACGACGAGGGUAGUGAGGGUGUGAUUCGGCCAUGUACCCUGGGGGCGUGGCGCAUAAUCCAUAGCCUUCUAGGUCCACGUGGUGAGCAAUUCGGAACAAGCCGCGUGUAUUUAGACGCUUAA